AUCGUUCUCGUUCACCGCAUCGCGAAGUCCACCCAUGGGAGAAAGGCGGACAACCGAAAUCUGUGUUGUUAUCCGCCGAUCAUACAGUUCACCGGCCAGAGCUCCAGCAAAGCAAAUAACAAUCGCUCACCGAUUAAGCCAUCUAACUCGCCAUCAAAACAUCGUCCUGCAAACAAGUAUACUCGAACUUCACCACUAAAGGAACAUUCACAGAUCCCCCAUGCCAGGGCUCUUCCAAUACCGCAUGAUCCUGAUCGCAGUGUUCGGAAAUUAGCAGAACGUCUGCAAAAAUGGAAUGAAAUGCACAGUCCUCCAAAAUUUAUGGCUGGAUUAAUGCCGAAGCACGACGAGCAUGAGCCAUCGAAACCUCAUCAGACCACGCCCAAGAGUCGAAAACAUGAAUCGUGGACAAUCGAGUACUUCACUAGAGAACCGUUUGCUCUUGGAGUGGCUGGUGAUGGCCAAAAUAAGGAACCUGUAGAAAGAUCUCAUCCUUCGAAGGAGAAUAUCAGAGUGAUAGAGAAACCACGUCGUCGGGCUAACUCUUCUCCCACAUGCGAGGACUGGGAACCUGUGCAACAUGUAACCAAUUAUGCUUGUUUCUUUGCUUAUUUGAUCCCCUUGACGAACCAUACUGUUCCUACCCCGUCUGCGCCAUCAACAAACUUCAAUAAGCCAGUAAAAAUUGAUGCAGAUGGUUAUGCCAUCCCUUCAACUCGAACUGACGCUAUUACGCCACCCAAUAGCGACGGUGCACAAAACGCAACGACACCCGGAAACCUAGUCAGCCACGAUGAUGUCUUCUACACACCAAUGACACAUAUACGCCCUUCACAGCGAGAACAAAACUCGAAUCCUCCCCACUCGGUGAUUGCACCCCAGUUCUCGCCACCUGCUAAGCAGCCACAGUUUUCACUCAUUUCUGGCAGAGAAAGCCUGUCGGCGGUGCAUUCACCAUUUGAACGGAAUACUUCUUUGAAGGAGAGAACUGAAGCUCAACUAGCCGCUUUUGAUAAAGUUUCCAACAAUCGUAUCGCUUCAAACAAGCGCGAGACGUUCUGA